AUGCUGCUCGUCAGCCAGGCCGCGAACGGCUCCCUCUCCGCGCGGCGGCUGCCGUCGAAGCCGCCGGGGCCUUCCACCACCAACCCCUACCCGCUCUUCGCCAACCCUCGCCUCGUGCGCCGCCGCCUCGCGCUGUCCGGCGCUGGCACCGACCAAGCUGAAGCCCCGCGCCGCCUCGCGUCGACCCCAGCCGCCGCGGGCGAGGGCCCCUCCGGCUCCGCCCCCGCUGCAGCCGCCACCGAGGACCCGGUCCUCGUCCGCGUCGCCGACGACGGCGUGCCGCUCGAGGGCGUCAUCCAGAUUGAGAAGCCCGGGGAUGCGGGCACCGAGUCCAAGCUCGUCUCCUACGCGAAGCUGGGUCUUCUGGCCGGCGGGGACGUGUUCUGCCUGCUGCUGUUCUCCGCGAUUGGGAGGUUCAGCCAUGGCCUUCCCGUCCUCGACGCCGAGACGUUCAUGACGGCUGACCCCUUCAUUGCUGGGUGGCUGCUGAGCGCCUACCUCCUUGGUGGAUUUGGCGAUGAUGCGAAUGGGCGCAAUGGCGUGGGAAAUGCUGUUAUCACUGCAGCUAAAUCAUGGGCUCUUGGGAUACCGUUGGGACUUGCCAUCCGAGCAGUGACGUCUGGUCAUCUUCCACCAACUCCUUUUAUCUUGGUAACCAUGGGAAGUACAGGGGUCUUGUUAACUGCAUGGCGUGCCUUGGUAUCCCAACUUCUUUCCAACCAGCAAAAGCAGCAGGAUGAUGUCUACCGGCGUGGAAGUCCUUUUGAGCUUUUUGAGGCUUUGUGUUUCUUUGUUCUUCAGUAA